GUAGUGUUAAGGGAUUUAUCAACUGACUGGACACAUGGCAACUCUGAACGUGUCCUUUGUGGUACAUCUUCUGUGUAUAAUUGUUYUUUACCCGGUUGUGUAUGCUAAAUGCAGUGACCAAAAACAGCAAACGUAUUAUCUUUCUCAAACUCGCCAGACCCUCAAUGAUCUUGCCAUGGAGAGGAGACCAAGCGACUGUAUCCAAGAGGCUGAAAAGAUAAUGGUCCAACGUCCAACGCUUUCCAUAGAGGAGGGGGAAAAGCUUUGGACACUGAAACUUGCGUUUCAACUAGCCAGCGAGCUCUUCCAACAAAACCUAACACCUGUGAAAUGGAAUACCUUCAAACUCAGGGAGCUCCAAGACCUUCUUGCUCGACAAAAUAUGACCUAUUCGGAAUGUGUCAAAGACAUGCGUCUGCAUCAAAACCUUCCAAUUGAAAAUAUGGUUAAGAACUACUUCAAACAGCUGGGCGACUUUCUUUCACGUGAGCGUUUCAGCUCGUGCUCAUGGGAGGUCGUGAGAGCUGAAAUCCGGAGCAUCCUGAGGGAUUUUUACAAGAAAUCAAAAAUGCCAAGAAAACACGCAUGA